AUGCCCCCGCCACAGCCAAUAAAUCCGCGUUGCUCUCCCCCCACGUCCUGCUCUAACCUGCCCCAGUUUGGGCGAAUGUUGAGGUCAGCGCUCUCAGAGGCGCCCGUGAAAGGCGGGCUGCAGGCUGCAGGGGAUGGGCGGUGGCGGCAGUGGGUUGGGGGGGAGGCGGAGUGGCGCAUGGGCGGGACUCUGUUUGUGCCUCUCACACAUCAAACAACCAAUGUGGCACACUUUCUAGGCAAGGCGGCUCACAUCCUGCUCGUGAACAACGUGACAGUCAAGACGGGCCUGCCUCGUGUCGAUAGGUUCCUGCUGCCACGUGCUGACUGGACAGUGCACAGAAUGAAGGAGCACGGACCACACGGCUGGCUACCAUCCAUGCUGCACCUCCUCCUCCGCAUGGCCCUUGAGCCUCUCCUCCCCGCCUCCCUCCUGCCCGCCCUCCUCGCCUCCAUCUCUCCCGCCUCCCUCCUCACCCCUGGCCCGCUAGCCGGAGGGCGGGUGGAGUUUGAGGGGCAGUUGAAUGCUGCAAGCGAUGAGUGGCCCAUGUGCUUUCAGACGCUUGUUGUGCCUGGGUUGCUCAAGGUGAGACUCUCCUCCCUCCUCCCCUCCUCCCUCCUCCUCCUCCUCUCCUCCCUCCUCUCCUCCCUCCUCCUCUCCUCCCUCCUCUCCUCCCUCCUCCUCUCCUCCCUCCUCCUCUCCUCCCUCCUCCUCUCCUCCCUCCCCCCGUCCCUCCUCGCCUCCAUCUCUCCCGCCUCCCUCCUCACCCCUGGCCCGCUAGCCGGAGGGCGGGUGGAGUUUGAGGGGCAGUUGAAUGCUGCAAGCGAUGAGCGGCCCAUGUGCUUUCAGACGCUUGUUGUGCCUGGGUUGCUCAAGACGCUUGUUGUGCCUGGGUUGCUCAAGGUGAGACUCUCCUCCCUCCUCCCCUCCUCCCUCCUCCCUCCUCCUCUCCUCCCUCCUCUCCUCCCUCCUCCUCUCCUCCCUCCUCCUCUCCUCCCUCCUCCUCUCCUCCCUCCCCCCGUCCCUCCUCGCCUCCAUCUCUCCCGCCUCCCUCCUCACCCCUGGCCCGCUAGCCGGAGGGCGGACUCUCCUCCCUCCUCCCCUCCUCCCUCCUCCCUCCUCCUCUCCUCCCUCCUCUCCUCCCUCCUCCUCUCCUCCCUCCUCCUCUCCUCCCUCCUCCUCUCCUCCCUCCCCCCGUCCCUCCUCGCCUCCAUCUCUCCCGCCUCCCUCCUCACCCCUGGCCCGCUAGCCGGAGGGCGGGUGGAGUUUGAGGGGCAGUUGAAUGCUGCAAGCGAUGAGCGGCCCAUGUGCUUUCAGACGCUUGUUGUGCCUGGGUUGCUCAAGGUGAGACUCUCCUCCCUCCUCCCCUCCUCCCUCCUCCCUCCUCCUCUCCUCCCUCCUCUCCUCCCUCCUCCUCUCCUCCCUCCUCUCCUCCCUCCUCCUCUCCUCCCUCCUCCUCUCCUCCCUCCCCCCGUCCCUCCUCGCCUCCAUCUCUCCCGCCUCCCUCCUCACCCCUGGCCCGCUAGCCGGAGGGCGGGUGGAGUUUGA